UACAAAAUAUUUUCAAUUAUUGGUAGAAAUGUUGAUUUACUGAUUUUAGCGAAUAUUCUAUGUGUAGGGAAUCUCUUAAAACUUGUUCUAAUUUUUGCCUCUCUUUGAAUAUUAUGCGCGCUUUUUUGCAGAGUGUCCAACAUAAUAACGUAAAAAAAUCUUAACCUAUUAGUUUUUGUAUUUCUAUGAUUUGGUGCUUUGCAUUUUGGAGCUUGGAGGGAAGGAAGAUGUUUUGAGGAAAGUCAUCAUAAGUUGUGGGGAAAAUAUCUGUUUUUAACUAUGUCCAGCAUAUUACAACCUGUUGACGUUAAUAUUGGUAGGUCACCACCUCGCAAACGUGCAAGGUAUGAUGAAGAAGUUGAUGAAUUGGAUAAAGGUGGUCAUUGGAGUCUUAACAAAAAUGAUGUAGUCCUUCAUGAAGUCUUUGACCGUGGGGUAGGACGUUUGGAUGGCGAUCCUGAAGAGGAACUCACAGAUGAUGAUACAAUUUUUAAUAAAGGUGAACCAGGAGCUAUAGAUGUCUCCUGCGUGUCUAUGACCCCAAAUAGUAGAGAUAAACAGUUGACUUUAUUGGAAUCAACGUUAACAAAGGAAUCGUUAGACAAAUUGAGUCUGGGAGAAUGGGACGCCCUUUUAGUGAAAAAACCAAUGAUCCGCCCCACUAAUAAAACAAAUUAUUUUGACUUACUAUCGGAUGAAGUGAUUUUACAUAUUCUGAGAUGGUUACCAAAAACUUACCUCAGAGAUAUAUCUUUAGUAUCUCAAAGGUUUCACAGACUUUCUCAGGAUGAAAGCCUUUGGACGAGGAUGGAUGUAUCAAAUAAACAUCUUCCACGAGGAGAACUAGGAAAAAUAUUAAGCAAACAAGUCAUUAUUUUAAGAUUGGCAAGAUCUGAGAUAUUGUAUCCACCCAUAUUACCAGACAUGGAAGCUGCAUCUCCAGAUUUUCGAUCACGAUUACUUUAUUUAGACUUGAGUAUGUCAUUUAUAUCUACUGCAAGUCUUGUUAUGCUAUUUGGAAAAUGUAGGAGACUAAAAAAAUUGAGCCUGGAAAAUGUGCCUGUCAACGAUGAUGUUUUAAUAGCACUAUCGGCCAAUAGGGAUAUAGAGGUAAUCAACUUUGCAAUGGUUACGGGAAUGAUGGAAGAUGGACUGAAGUAUUUAUUGACGAAUUGUAGAAAGAUUAGAGAACUGAACAUUGCUUGGACUUAUAUGAACUCUUCCAGCAUUCAAUACAUCUGUGAAAAUUUACCAUCUUCAAUGGAUAGGUUAAAUUUUUCUGGUUGUAGGAAAUUGAUAUCUGAUAAAAAUGUAGCUGCAUUGGUAACAAGCUGUCCUCGACUCAGGGAAUUAGAUUUAUCAGAUUGCACUGCAAUUACGGGAGAGGCUGUGAAACACAUAACAGUAUUAGAAGACCUUAACUUUCUUGCACUUUCUAGGUGUUACCUAAUACCUUAUAAGGCUUUAUUGUUCCUCAAAAAAGUGUACAACCUUUCCUACCUGGAUAUUCAUGGAGGUUAUAUUGACAUUGACGAGCUGAGGAUAGUACAGGAGAGUUUGGGGGCGAAAGUGCAAAUCAAUAAGUUCAAAUUUAGUUCAGUAGCUAGACCAACGGUAGGUCUGAGAAGAUCCAGUAUAUGGAAUAUGAGAGUUCGCGACUGACAUGUUCAUGUUUGACUUAUUAGAAAUCGUUUUCGAAUUUUGUGAUUUUAAUAUAAGUUAGAUUUUUUGAAUGGAAUCAGGUCUCAAAAUAAAAGUUCAGAUAUAUGCUCUAAGUUGGGGAUUCCUUCUCACUUCACAGGAAUUGGAGGUUUCAAAUCCAAUCUGAUCAUAUUAACUGUUUCCUAAAGAAAUUAUCUGUAAAAUAUUCAAUUGUAACAAGGAAUUCUUAGACUUUUCAAUUUAUAAUGCUAAUAAUAACAGCUAAUCACUGAAUGGAACGUAGAAUAUAUGAGUUUCUUGGAUUUGUUUUACUAUAGAAAUUAAAUAUAACUCAAAUUACUUCUGGAAAGUGGUUUAUAUAUUUUCAUGGGUUAUCAUACUUGAAAUACGUUUUUGUGUGAAAACAUUCAUAUUUUGCAACUUAAUUUAACCUAUAACAGUCACGAAAGUAUAGAAGAAAGUCACAUAUCUAGUUGCACCAUGCAAUUAUUAUUACAAAAUUGAUGCAUUGAGGAAUUUUUACCAAAAUGUAACAUUGAUCAUUAUAAUAUAGAUACUAGGGAAUCGGCUCUAAUUCUGUUGAAAAUGCUGGAAACUAAUGUGUGUUAAUGAAAAUGGCUUGCUUGAUCUCAUAAUCUCAAUUACUCAUUAACGAAUAAGACUGACAUUUCUAUGUUGAUGAAUGUUUCUGAAAGGAAAUAUAAAUAUUGUAGAAUUGAGAAUUUUUAUUUUGAGACCAUUUCUAGGGUAGUUAAUAAUUAUGAGAACUUCCUAGUGUACACACACUAUUUGAAAAUUUUGAGUAUUUUUAUUGUAAACUGAUGACCUCUUUUUUAGUCCCUGGAAAUGCAUAAUAUAAUCUUGUGAAAACAUGAGAAAAUUUUAUGGUAUUUGCUAUUAUAGACCACUGCCACAGCUAAUAAUAAACAGUUCAUCUGGUGAUUUUCUGUCUUUAUCAGAAGUGAUAUAGUGUGCACUAAUAAUACUGCCCUUUUCUAUAUUGACUUGUUUAAUAUUUAUAUUGUUUAUUUAUGAAAGCUAUUUUUGUAUGAUUGGGAAGAAUCAUUAAAUGUGCCUUAAAGUUU